GGCGGAGCCGGUGGGCGGGGCUGAGCGAGCGGAGGCGUCACCGGGCCGAGGGCCCGCUCGGGCUCAGCCACCCGGUGGGCGGCUGGAGACAGCGUGUGAGCGUGCCGGGGAGCCGUUGAUUUUUCCAGUCGCUCUCUUCCAGGCUCCGUUCGGUGAUCAGCAUGGCCCGUGGAAAUCAACGCGAACUUGCCCGCCAAAAAAACAUGAAAAAAUCGCAGGAAAUUAGCAAGGGAAAAAGAAAAGAAGAUAGCUUGACUACUUCUCAAAGAAAGCAGAGGGACUCUGAGAUCAUGCAACAGAAGCAGAAAGCAGCUAAUGAGAAGAAGGCCCUGCAGACAAGAGAAAAAUGAGGACUGUCCAUUUGGAAAACUUGGUACUACUGCCAGCUGGGUAUACCAUAAACUCUCGGAGAUCAAGGUUUUAUAGAGUGAACAGUCAUUACAUGUGUUAUAACUUGCUGUACAACUGUCUAUUUUAAACUUUGCCUUUCAGCCUGACUUAAUGUAAUGUUUUCGAACCAUUCAUCAAAGAAUAAAACACUAACCAUGCAUGUGA